UAUUAACCAUAAUGAACAUAUUCUUCAAAUAUAUGGAAUAUCACAAAAUCCAAAUACAAAAGACUAUAUUAUAGUUCUUCAGUAUGCAAAUGGUGGAAAUUUUGAUAAUUAUAUUAAUGAUAUUAUAAAUUGGUUUUGGUUUGAAAAAUUGAUAGCAUUAAAAAAUAUUAUUAAAGGGCUAAAAAAAAUUCAUGGAAAUAAAAUGGUUCAUCGUGAUUUUCAUACUGGAAAUAUAUUAACAUCAUUUGAUCUUGACUCUUGUUAUGAACUUUCUUGCAAUACUGCAAGUGAUAUAUAUAUUUCAGAUAUGGGUUUAUGUGGAGAAAUUAGUAAUAUAGGUCAAACAAAAAUUUAUGGAGUUAUGCCUUUUGUAGCACCUGAAGUAUUAAAAAGAAAACCUUAUACUCAAGCAGCAGAUAUAUAUAGUUUUGGUAUGAUUAUGUAUUUUGUAGCAACUACAAAACAACCUUUUGCCAAUUGUGCUCAUGACAAUAUAUUAGCAUUAAAUAUAUGCAAUGGAAUUAGACCUGAAAUAAAUGAAAAGGAAGCUCCAAAAUGUUAUAUUGAUUUAAUGAAAAAGUGUUGGGAUUCAAAUCCGGAUAAUAGGCCAAAUGCUAUUGAAGUAAGUGAAUUGAUUGAAUUAUUUUGUAAAUCUUGCAAUGCAUCAGAAGAUAUGAUAGAAGAUGAGAAAAUUGGGAAACAAUUUGAAGAAGCAGAAGAAUAUAGAAAAGCAAAUCUUUUAUCAGUUAAAAAUAGCAAAUUAACUACUCAACAUCCACAAGCUUAUUAUACUUCUCGAUUGCUCAAUCCAUUUACAAAAGAUCUUUCAAAUGAUACUGAUUGUUUAGACUGUAUGAUUGAUGAUUGAACUAAAAAUUAUUGGUCGUCCUUGUAAUGAUGAUAAAUCUUCCACACAUCCGUCCAUAUUUUUGAAACUUCAACAAAGUUUUAGAAACAGUAAAUUUGCCAAUAUUAAUUUUACAUGAGGAUUUUAAAAUUCUAUUUAUCAUAUUAUAGCAUGAAAUAUAAAAGGUCAAUACAUUAUGAAAACUUAUAUAUUCUAAUUACAAUUUGAUCCUAAACUCCUUAUUUUAUAUAGAAUGCAACAAAUUUAGCCUACUUAUUAAAUAUUAACUAGGAUUUAGGAAAUUAUUAAUAUUUUUUUUCUUUAUUGAUUGAUAUCAUUGUAUUUUGCUCAAC